ACGGCCUCGCUCCGAUCGAGGCCGCCUCGCAUAGCUCACCCGUCGCUGGACCGGGGCCGGGCCGCGGACCUCUCCUGAAUCUUCCUCGAAGAUUACCAAUUGCCAAACACACAUCUGCAGUGUAAAACCUACCCUGUCCAAGAAACAGAAGGCUCUGUCUUUCCAGCUUUCUGUUAGAGGCCAAUGGUCCAUGUGGCCCGCAUUUGCAGCCGGCCAGACAGUCCUAAGGAAUCACAAACCCUGCAGUGCCCCAGAGGAGAGAACACCUAGCAAUGAACAGGCCCUUCUUACCAUUCCAAAGCCACGUCACCUGGAACAACUGGAGUCUUACUUAAGGAAAGAGCUGCAGACUCUUGCCCUGACUAAAGGGAUCUCCCAGGAACUGAAGCUGCAGCCCUACAGAGAGAUCUUUGAAUUCUUCAUAGAUAACUUCAAGACCUACAAGCCCUUGCUGUCAGCUAUAAAGAAUGAGUAUGAAGCCACACUGGCUCAUCAGAAGGAGACAAUCCGUGCCCUAGAGCCCUUGAAGGCCAUGGUCACCACCGUGUCUGAGGAGUGCACCCAGCAGAUAUUAGCACUGCAGGAAAAGGAGAAAGUGGAAAUAAAUACUUUAAAGCAAGAGAAACAUCAUUUGUUAAAGUUUAUUGACAACAUGAAGGAAGAGAAGAGUUCUCUUCAGACUCAGGUGGAGCACCUGCAGAUGAGUGUAGCUGAGGAGUACACGCGCUACCUCCAGGAGUACGGCGCCCGCAAACUGCUUGUAGCAAAACUGAAUGAGGUGCACAGCGAGCAGCUGGACACGAAACAGCACCAGGUCCAAGGUGGUGAAAAGGGUGAAGAUGUGGUGAAGCUCACUCUGGCACUGAAGAUGGCUCGGCAGGACCUCACAAAAGCCCAAGUGAAGCUGAAUGCAAUGACAGCAGAGUACGGAGACGUUGUGCCUAGGAGAGAUUUUGAAUCACUGGAGAAGAAAUACUCUGACUUACUUCAGGAGGUGAAGACUCUGAGGAAGGAUUUUGAGCAGCUCCAUGAGGAGUAUGGAACACUGCUGGAAAUCCACAGAGAGACUGCAGAAGAGCGAGACAACUUCUACAGCCAACUGCAAGAAGCUGAACGCAGCCACACGCCCCGACCCAACUGGGCAAAGUGUCCAGAUGUGAUUCCUGGCGGAGUGGAGCGGUGGGGCCGUCUGGCCGAGGGGAAGAGCAGCAAUCAGCUGGUGGAUGUGCUUCUGGAGGAGAUAGGAACAGGAGUGCUAAAAGAGAUGAAUGCCUUCCAUGGACGGGGCAAAGGUGACAAGGUUCCUGUGUACCUGAGGUAUGAAGGUGAAGUCAAGAACAAAAAGCCAACUAAGAAGGAUGUGGUGAACAUCCUGAAGGACAUCUGGAAAGAGAAAAUUGCACUAGAUCAGCAGACAGGAAAGCGUUCCAGUCUUCCUGAGUUCUUUCUCAGCUACCUCCAGAAGAAGUAUGGAGAUGCCUCUGCUAUGGAAUGGUCUUACAGCCUGUAUGAGUACAUGAGACUCUGCCCCUCAAACCACGUCAUGAGCUCGUUCUAUGAGAUACUCACUGGAAAGGUAGCUGAAGAGCAAUAUCAUGACCAGAAUCAGCUGAUUUCUGACCUGCAGAAGCAGCUGGCUGCCUGUGACAGCUCCAGCAAUGGGUCCCUGCCCAGCAAGCAGUUCAGAAUGGCUCUGAGGGAGGCUUUUCCUCUGAAAAGAAGAGAUGCAAUCCAAGAGCUGGUCGAUGCAAGCAGGUUUAAUCUGGACAGUGAUGAAGACCUCAUUGACUACACAUCCUUAUUCGAAGAAGAUGAAGAGGGGAACCCUGAACCUUUUGUUGCAAAGCUCAGGAGCCAGUAUGUCAGCGAGAAGCAGGAGUACCUGCAAGAGCUAAAGAAGAGCCUGGGAGAUGUAAUAGAGGUGGAUGCAGAUGAUCUGAAGGCAGCUUUCUGCAGGAUCGAUCCCAAGAUCAAUGAUCAGAUGCUAGAUGCCUACAUCAGCCUGGCUUACCAGGUCAAAAGAGAACAGCCUGACCAAGAAGUUGUGCCUGUGGACACCGUGCUGGAGAGACUCCGUGUUGGAGAUGUGAGACGAGUAGGGCCCUCACCCAGGAAAGAAAGCACAACAGACUCUGAAGGAGAGUAAGGAAGCUUCCCAUGUUAAGAAUAAAAAGCCUGUUUGAUCUGCAGUUUUGGAUACAGACCUGAGUCAGAGCUACUGCACUAAAUACCACUUUUCAUGCAUGUAGACACACACAGUCACUAACUGUUGAGAGGAUAGGCUAGUUUGAACUGUCCUGAAAAAACAGAUUGCAUUUGUGAACUGGAGAGACAUCAGAGCCCACACGACAGAAUAAGUACCAUCAGGUGUAUGAAGCCCCUGCAAUUUCUGCCUUGAUUACUGAAAUUGGUGCUGCCUACCUCCAGCAUAAGUUGCUAAGUGUCAGGAAAGGAAAUACAAAAGCACAGAAAAAGGAGAUGCAUCAUCUAACUAGGAAUCAGGUGUCCUAACUGCACGUAUCUCCGGGAGAAGUUCUGAAAACAGAAGAUUUAACACAGCAAAAUUCAGAAUAGCUGGAAAGAAGAGGGCAUUAAAACACAGAAGAUAUGUUUGGUAGAUGAACUUCAGAUUUGCAAAGCUCUCCAGGAGAGAGCAUCUAAUGGAAAGGCAAGGAAAGCACUGCACUACCAAAAGCAGGAUUCACUUGUUUUGCUUCACCCUGAGCAACAUAGAUUCCAAAAAGUUAAAUGCAUUGCCCUGUAAGCAGCAGUUCUUUCUUUCACCCUUCCAGUUUCAUUGGUAGGACUUGAAAGAUAGCAAUCUAUCCCUCCAAGCCUUCAGUUUAGUUUACUAGAGCAACUAGAACACCUCUCAACAGAAGAGAGAAUGGAUAACAAAUCCUACCUUGCCCUCCCACAGCAGGAACUAGGAGGCUCUCUCUAGUCUCUCUUGAAGUGCUCUUAGAAAGAGGAUUCUCACAGCACUUCAGCAGAGAGGAAAGAAGCUGGAAGCUCUGUUAUUACUUCAGACCAAAAUUUUCAAACCCUGGCAUGCAAAGAUGCGAGGGUGCACUAAAAAAACUGCAUAAAACA